UAGUCGAAGAAGGAAAACCAGAGGCCUACUGCCGAGCAUCGCCUUAUCUCUUUCGCCUCUCAUGGCUAUGAGAAGCUGAAUCGAAUCGGCAGAGCUUGCCAUUCAAUCGCAACUCCGCGUUCAAUGGCGAAGUCCUUGCUCUCGUCGCCGCCGUUCAUCGGCACGCCUCUCCCGUCCCUCUCCCGCCACGGCCUCCGCACGCUUCCUCACAACCGCAGGCUCGGCAGCCUCCGAGUGAAGCUCAACUUCCAUGAGAUCCCUCCUCCAUUUCAUCCAUUCGAUUCCUCGGUCGACUUCAGCUGCAUCGCCAGCCGUGCUGAGAGCUUGCUCUACACUCUCGCCGAUGCUGCGGUUGCAGUGGAUCCGAGCACCGGUGGAGCUGCUUCCUCCUCCACCGAUGCUGCCGUACAGAAGAGCGGAGGCUGGUUUGGAUUUAUAUCCGAUGCGAUGGAGGUCGUACUGAAGAUUUUGAAGGAUGGGCUCAGUGCGGUUCAUGUCCCUUAUGCUUAUGGAUUUGCAAUCAUAUUGCUGACUGUUAUAGUCAAGAUCGCCACGUUUCCACUGACAAAGCAGCAGGUGGAAUCAACAUUGGCCAUGCAAAACCUUCAACCUAAGAUUAAAGCCAUCCAACAAAGAUAUGCAGGCAAUCAGGAAAGAAUACAACUCGAAACAUCAAGACUCUAUAGGCAGGCCGGAGUCAAUCCAUUGGCAGGAUGUUUCCCAACAUUGGCUACAAUACCAGUCUGGAUUGGUUUGUAUCAAGCUCUUUCAAAUGUGGCUAAUGAGGGCUUGUUAACGGAAGGUUUCUUUUGGAUCCCCUCAUUGGGUGGCCCAACUACAAUUGCCGCUAGACAAAGUGGAGCGGGCAUUUCUUGGCUUUUUCCCUUUGUGGAUGGCCAUCCUCCACUGGGUUGGCAUGACACUGCAGCUUACCUUGUUUUGCCAGUCCUCCUUGUUGUUUCCCAGUACGUUUCAAUGGAGCUCAUGAAACCUCCCCAGACUGAUGAUCCGGCUCAGAAGAACACACUUCUUGUCUUUAAGUUUCUUCCACUUAUGAUUGGUUACUUCUCCUUGUCCGUUCCGUCAGGAUUAUCAAUUUAUUGGUUUACAAACAAUGUCUUGAGUACAUCACAACAAGUGUGGUUGCGCAAAUUGGGAGGUGCGAAGCCUGUUGUGAAUGAAAAUGCUAGUGGAAUCAUUACAGCAGGUCGCGCAAAGAGGGCAGGAUCUGAGCCUGCUCAGUCAGGGGAUAGGUUUAGACAACUAAAAGAAGAGGAGAAGAAAAAAUUGGGCAAGGCAUCACCUGCCGAAAAUGUAGAGACUUCAGCUUCUGAUUCCGAUGAUGAUGGUUCAGAUGAAGAGUCUACUGAAAAGGGCGAAGAAGUGCUAGAAGAAACGUAUGCUUCCAGUGCUAGCAAACAGUUGCCUGGGUAUUCUCGUCCAAAGAGAAGCAAAAGAUCAAAGAGAAAACGGGCUGUAUGAAGUAUGAUUGGAUUUUGCGGUGAAAAGUUUUUAGUUUAUGGUGAGUCUUGUAUAUGCCUGCAACUUGUGAUUUUGUUCAAUUAUUGUGGCCAUUUUUAUCUUGGCGAACCCUCAUCCAAGCUAAUGAUUAUCAUUAAAAGUUCUUAUGAUUUGUCUUGGGA